AUGUUUGAAGGUGAAACGUAUUUACUAGUGGAGUCAGCACGGUUUUCUAAUGUUGAUGAUAUCAAGAGUAUUUUGGAAGCACAUGGUGCCACUAAGGUAUUUGUCAAGCAUAUCUAUAGUAAUGAAGAGAACUACCUUUGGUCAUCUAAACGCAUUACUCAUAUAAUAUGUGAAGAAACCGAUUUCAUAGAAUAUGAAACAGCUAUAACUCAUAUGGUUCCUGUAACAACACCUCUAUGGGUAACUAACUGUGUCAACUACAACAAAUUGCAACCAGUAAAGAUAUAUAACCCAGACCCUAAAUAUUUCAUGAAAGACUGCUUUGUUUGUGUGGCAGAUAAUUUACCUCCAGGGGAUAAGGAAUUGAUCUACGGAGGUAUAGCGGCGUUCGGCGGACAUUAUUUGGAUGAUUUAUCGAAAUUUACAACCCAUUUAAUCAGUUUAGAUAUGAAAACUGAAAAGUCCAUAAUCGCCCUGGCCGCCGUUGCAGCUGGUGCUGAGGAUGAUUCUGUACCAGCUAUUAAAGUGGUCUUACCUCAUUGGAUAGAUGAUUGUUUUAAAGCUGGGAAAAUGUUAGACGAGAAGCCAUAUUUAUUACCUAAUCCCCCAAUCUUAGUUAAUGGCAAACGUGAACCUGCUUCUUCGUUGGAUAUUGUCAACUUGGAAACGCAACUAAGUCAAGAUGACCAAUGGGAAAUACCCCAUAAUGAUGAUAAUCAUAGUAAGAAGUCACAAGCGUCUAUGUUUCUAGAAAGCAAAAGAGUAUUUAUUCAUUCAGACUACAAUGUUUCAGAAAGACUAUUCAAGACAAUUGUAGAUCUAGUUGCAAAGCAUGGGGGUAUCAUGAAAGAAACGUUUUCAGAGGACGAUGUUGAUAUCUACAUAGGUAAGUAUCGUCGAGGUAAGCAUUACCAAAGUAGUUGUGCAUCGAAGCGAAUAAUAGUGGGGACAAUGGAAUGGUUGUAUUCACUAUUAGUGUCCAAAACGUGGAAACUUCCUACUAAUUCCAAUCUUUUGCAUUACCCAGUACCAAUGAAUCCCAUUGAUGAGUUUAAGGGACUUAAAAUCUCAAUUACCAACUACAGUGGACUUGCUCGGGUCUAUUUAUCAACGUUAAUAAGCAUUAUGGGUGGUUCAUUUACUAAAAGUCUAGGGAAAGAUAAUGAUUACUUAGUUGCAGCUAGUCAAGAAGGUAGGAAAUUCGAAGCCGCUUCUAAUAAAUGGUCACACAUAAAAGUUGUGAACCACUAUUGGGUAGAAGAUUGUUUUGCUAAAUGGGAAUUGUUAGAUGAUCUAGCUGAUCCCAGAUAUAAAUAUUUUGGCAACGAAUCUGAUCAAAAUGUGGAGCAUUUACUUGGUACUGUCAAACUAAAAGAAAGCAUUUUAAGUUAUUGGUACAAAGAUCAAGCAAGUUCAUUAGGGAAUGUAAUUGCUUCUAAUGAUGAUGAUGGUCAUUAUUUCUUAACUCCACAUAGCGUAGAGAAGUCUGCUACACUUGAAUUUAAAGAUUCAGACUUACCAGAGGAGAAGGAAAAUUACACACACAUGGGAAGCAAAUCUCCAGAGACCACUCCUGAAGAUGAGACUGUUAAUGGAUCAGGCUUUAGGAGAAGUAGAUCUGCUGCAUUGAAGGCAGCAGAGAGGCUUCAUCAAGAUAUGUCUGAUUUAAACUCUUACGAGAAAGCGAAGUCGAGCAAAAGAAAGUUGGAUAAAUUUCUUAGUGACGGCUUGCAAAAAAUGGAACCACCUUUAUCUCCAUCUGUCAAAAAGAAACAAUUUCUGGUAACAGGAGAUGAAAUGGAGGAGAUCUCUAUUGAAAUUGGGAAAUCAAAAUCCAACUCUGACGAAAAUAAUGUUGAUAAGCUAUCUAAAAAAACCAAGACCCCACCUCUGGCUCCGAAGGAAGUUAAAUUACAUGCUAUCAUAACCGGGUGUGAGAAUGAGUUCACAUUAAACCGUAACACAAGUCAUAAGCUUUUGGAAUUAGGAAUAAAGGUACUUUCUGAUGUACCCAAGAAACAUAUACCCAUAGAUACAAUAAUUGCACCCAAGAUACUAAGAACAGCCAAGUUUCUUUCUACAAUGGCCACCGCUGACCGAAUAAUUCAUCCUUCUUUCCUCACGGCCGUGCUAAACAAUCAUUGGGACAAUUGGGAAUCCCAUGUUGAUGAAUAUUCAUUAGACAAAGUGCUUUCUGUUGCAGAAGUCAAUGUGGAACUUGGACACCCAGAAGAUUCAGAAAACCAACUUGCUCAUUUAGUGGGAAGUAAUUUAAAGGGCAAGUUGUUUGAAAAUAGCAAAUUCAAUCUAUCAAUUAACCUCAAUGGUGGAACGGAUGUCAUUUCAGGUAUUUUGUCUAGUCAUGGUGAGAAUGUGGAGUGUAAGAGCAUAAAGAAUGUUAAUUCCUCAAAUAGCAAGCAAUUGCUUGAAGACGAUAAAGGCCAAGUCAUAUUAAUUGCCAGCAAAUCCAAGGAUACUAAACUCAUUAAGAAUUUCAAGCAGUUUGUUGAACAUGGUAUAGUUAUUGAAUGGGAUUGGUGUGUUAAGUCUAUCUUUCUGAUGAAAUUACAGCCACUUUCUGAUUUUAUGAUAUAG